AUGCAUGUACAGGAUAAAUAUUUUGCUUAUGUGUUUUGCAUUUAUCUAUAUGUUCUCUUUGUUGGUGUAUUUGGUUCCCCAUCUACAUCUACUACGUCUGAAUCUAAAAGUUGCAUCAUAAGAAAUGCUGUAAUCACCUGCAAUUAUAUCCCGGCGGCUAUUCCGGUCGGCACGAGGACAGUUAGUCUCAUAAAUAUAUUGGAACAAACAUUGAGCAAAGGAUUAUUUUCGACAUAUAACUGGCGGCAAAUCACAAAACUUGAAAUCUCUGCCAGUAGGGACUUGCUCGAUGAACAUAAUACAGUAGAAGUAUUCGAUUCGCUUUGUUUCUUUGGAUUAAACAAGUUAGAAGUGUUACGUAUCCAAUUAGAAGAUACACAUACAAUUGCAUCUGACUCAUUUAUUGGUGUAGAAAAUCUAAAACGUUUAGAUUUAUCAGGAUGCCGAAGAUUAAACUUGGAAAAUGUUCUGAAUGCAAUUGAUAACAGUAAUGUUGUGUCUAACCUUCAGUAUCUAAACUUAGCUUUUCUUGAUAGUUAUCAUGACGGUAUCACCUUAGAUGAGCGAUUUUUCAAAGUAAUUGCCGACAAAAAAGUCAGAGAACUCGAUAUAAGUUCAACACAAAUUCAAUUUCUUAACAUUACAGCUUUCAUUUUGAAUUGUGCUCACCUGAAACAUUUAAAUGUUUCAAAUGUGAGGAUAAGUGAGUUUGAGGGUGAUUGGAAACCUCAGAAGUUAUGUACAAACCUUAAAUCAAUUGAUGCCAGUAAUGCAGUUUUUCCAUCUAAGGUUUUUCCUGUCGAGAGAUUUAUUGAACGAAACGAAAAUUUACUAAUAAUCUUUGACUGGAUGAAGUCAAUGCUUUUCAUACAAAACGUCAAUAGUUUAAGUCUGGCAGGUAUUUUCCCAAAAAAGUCAUCGAUAUCUAUUUACAAUAUAACAGUGUAUGUGUUAGGAGCCAAUAUAUUUAAGCUGGGAGUGUUACACCUUGGAAACAAUAAUUUCAAUAGGGUGGACUUAAAACUCACCAUACCUGGAUGCACUUUUAAAAAAGUAUAUUUGUCAGGAUGCAAUAUCCAUUACCUCCAUCCGGAUGCAAUUUCAAGUUUCAUAUUACUGUCAGACAUUGAUCUCUCAAGAAACAAACUGAACAGUAUGAUGGCAGAAGAUUUCAAUUUGUUCGAAAAGAUGUUCAAAAACCUUUCUUAUCUAAGCACUGUAAGUUUAGCUUCAAAUGGAUUAACACGUCUUCCAAAAUACAUUUUUGCAUACAAUCUAAGACUUGAGUUCAUAGACAUAUCAGACAAUCAGAUAACUGAAUUUUCUUGUGACGUGAAUCACUUGACGCAUCUCCGGACAGUAGAUGUCAGAAGAAAUAGAAUACAAGUCAUCGAUGCAGCCACCUUUGAUACAUUUGACAAAUUGAAUGUUCAUUUACUACUUCAAGGAAACUCCAUCCAGUGCUCUAAAUGUAACUCCCUUGCUUUCAUUAAAUGGCUUAAAAACUCAGCUUCAAUCACAACAUAUAAUCUUGGCCUACAAUGUGAAAACGAGGACUCCAAGAAAAUAUUUAUUACUGAUAACACCAUUAAUGAAAUACAGGAGAUAUGUAAUAGACCCAAAGUGAUCAUCGCAAUAUGUUGUGCAUCUGUUCUUGCAUUAAUUUCAGUUGUAGCUAUUCUAUUCCAAAUACAGAGAUGCCAACGUCAGCGAAAAUAUCAACGUGAAAUGGAAGAUCGCAUUGCUCUCAUUAGAGAGGGGGCUGACGAAAACAAAUUUGUUGUGUUUCUUUCAUACAGCAGUAACGACGAUGACUUUGUCAACAAGUACGUCUUUAAUCAAUUAAAUGAGAAUCUUCAGCAAAAGAUAGGGAAGGACAGUAAUCUAGUCUGUGAAGGAGACAAACAUUUUCAAAUUGGCAGACCAAUUCCAGAGCAAAUGUCAAAGUUUCUUCGUAAAUCGUCUGUAGUGGUGAUUCUUUUAACGGAUCAUUACAUUCAAAGUGUACAUUGUCGGAAUGAGUUUGAUUACGCUAUCUUGUUGGAAAAGCCUAUCGUUCUUAUGGUUAAGGAUGAAAUAGAUACAGAAAUGAUGAAUGGUCAAAUGCUGGAUUUAUAUGAACACAGGACGCGAAUUUUAUUUACGAAGGAAAACGAUAACUAUAUACCGAAAACGUCUUGGGAGAAUGUAUGUGCAUCUAUCAUAGAACUUGUUAACAAUUGA